AGUUUUUUCAUAGUUUCCCUUCAGUGAAUGCACGUGUUGCCGUUAUGUGGGGUUUGAAGUGCUGUCAGAUACGAGCUUGGGGAGAAUUGGGUCUCCGAGUGUUGAUGCUUGUCAUGUUUUGUAUAUCCGACGUUGCUGCGCCUUUUGAACGAGAAAUUCACGAAGCCGAACUUUCCCUGUACCAGUAUCCGCAUGUGCGAAGUGAAAGAAUUCCUUAUAUCAGCCUUCUGAUUCUGGUAACUGCUGUUCCGUUGUCUAUCAUUGCCGUACAUUACUUCUGGACGAAACAACGCGAAGAUGCGGUGGAUUUUUUAUCGGGAUGGUCUCUCUCCGUUCUCUUCACGGGAAUUAUCACGAAUUUGAUAAAAAUGACAGUUGGUCGCCCGAGACCGGAUUUUUUCAGCAGGUGUUUCCCGGAUGGAAAUGGGAUAGUAACCAAGUCUGCCACUGGACUUCUAUCGUUCAGAUGUUCUGGGGAUAUUGAAAGUGUCCUGCAAGGAAGACGAAGUUUUCCUUCGGGGCACACUUCCAUCGCCUUCGCUGCUUUUGGAUUUUGUAGUUUGUUCGUCGCCGGAAAACUGAAAGUUUUUCACCCAGCGAGACCAUCGAAAGGUGUUGGGCUUUUCAUUACCGUGAUCCCUGCGUGUUUGGCCCUUUUGAUUGGUAUCAGCCGAACGUGCGAUUACAGGCACCACUGGGAAGAUGUUGUAGUUGGUGGACUUCUUGGAUGCCUAGUUGCGUACGUUUCCUAUAUGCAGUAUUUUUGCCACCCCUCAUCAGCGUUCUGCGAUUUUUCCCUGAGGAGUCAAGGGAUUCGUGACUUCGUUCCUUUCAAUUCUUCAUUACCUGUGUCUUGUGCUAGCAGUUCUUCGAGCAAGGUAGAUCUCUCACUGGUGGAAAUGGGAAAACUGGCAUAAUUGUGAUCUUGGCUGUUUUUUGUGGAUGUGCAGUGGAGAAUGGUGUUCAAUCGUUUUAUCAGAAUCGAAUUCAUUUGUAUGUGGUAUCAUCUGUUAUGGAUUUUUGUCGAUCGCUGUGUUGAGUUGAAGCGUUCUAACAUUUUUUUCCUUAUGAUCCGGCCCAGGCGAUCGUUACGGACGCGAAAUUGCUGGCGUGAGACUAUGGUUAUUUUCUAAUCUGGAGUGAGCUUUCUCUGCGGGAUAACUUUUUUAAUUGAAACGGAUUUCAGCAUUUCAAAUUGGAACAGAAUUGUAGAGCAGCUAUGUGGAAAGUCCGUGAAUUAGCUGAUAAAGUGACCAAUGUGGUCAUGAACUACACGGAGAUUGAAGCUAAGGUUCGGGAAGCCACAAAUGAUGACUCAUGGGGCCCAACUGGUAGCAUGCUUCAGGAACUGUCGACGGCAACCUUCACGUAUGAGCAAUUUCCUGAAGUAAUGGGCAUGCUCUGGAAGAGGAUGCUGCAAGAUAAUCGCAAAAAUUGGCGGCGAACUUACAAGGCAUUGGUUGUUUUGGCGUACUUGCUGAGGAACGGGUCGGAGCGAGUGGUAACAAGCGCCCGGGAGCACAUAUACGACUUGCGAACUCUGGAGAACUACUCCUUCGUGGACGAGCAAGGAAAAGACCAAGGUAUCAACAUUCGUCACAAAGUGAAAGAAAUGAUCGAUUUCAUCCAAGAUGACGACAAACUGCGUGAGGAGCGGAAAAAGGCCAAGAAGAACAAGGACAAGUACAUUGGGAUGUCCAACGACAUGAUGGGCUUCAAUCGGAUGAACUGGGGAAACGAGCCAUCCAGGAAUAAGGAUGAUUUCGAUACUUGGGAUCCAAAGAGAGUGACGAGUACGACAGGGAAGAGUAAUUACCGAGAUCAUUCGCCCGAUUUGAGUGAUGAUGGCGGAGACAAGGUCGGAUCAACCGUUAGAGCGAGCGAAUUCAAGGAUAGCGAUGAAUCUCCCACUUCAUCCAGCCCCACUCGCAAUGGAAGAAUAAAAAAGCAGUCCAGUGGAGAAUCGCCUGUGCGAUUCACCCCUCCGCAUCACCUUUCGUCUUGUGAAUUUCGUUUGCCGGAGCACCGACCUGGCAGCGUGUCUCCAAAGAAGCCUGUUGCUGAUUUGUAUGCAAGUGAUACAGCCGGUGGGGGGGACUUCGGUGAUUUCGAGUCUGCGUUUCCCUCGACCAACGAAUUGAGUGGAGCGGAGAAAGAUGAAGAUUUUGCUGAUUUUGCCUCUGCGUUUUCCGGGCUGAGAACUGGAGAAGUAUUGAACAUUCCUUCUGGCCCGCUCUCCUUGCCGUCGUCCUACGGGAUUCCGAGCACAGGUGGCGUGGGCAAUGAUUUGCUGAAUUUGAACGACGGCGGGUUGGGUGGUGGACCGUAUAAAGGACCGCCGGCUGUGAGCAACAUUGCUGCUGGCGGGUUGAACCUGUUCGGAUUGAGUCAACCGACGUCUUUGCCGCCUCAGAUUCCGCAGAUGGACUUGCUGACCGAAUUUGGACCCUCGUCGACGACGACGACGCUCACCCCAGACAAAAAGGCGUUCAAGUUAGGAUCGGCGAGAAACUGGUUUGUUUUAGAUGACAUCUGUGAUGAGAUAUCGGCUGUGUUGCGGACUCAGCCUGGUGCAAUCCGCUGCAGCGACCCAGAUGAAGAGUGGCGUCGUAACCGAGUCGAGGACCUGCUGCGGUCGUUCUGCUCAUUCCUACCCGGCCCAUUCACGGAGCAAAAGUUUUGUGACGUCGAUAGUCGGCUUUCAGACCCGGAUGUUGCAGUGGUCCACGCCUACGAACGUGUCGUCAAGAUUUUGUUGUCCAAUGGACAUGCACCCAUUUGGUUCCUCGUUUCGAGUGGGUUUUACCGCGAGACCAUGGAAGGCGUCGUGGACGCUCUUGUGUGCGGUCAAGUCGAACCACACAUUGGACUGCGCGUCGUGGACGAGUUGCUGAAUCACGCCGUCAGCGAGUGGAUCCUGCCGUCUUGCAAACCCGACGGAGAUGCUGGUGCAAUUGAAGAUUUGGCCACGACAAUUGCGUCAUUGCCAGAUGUUGUGGGCAAUGUGUGCUGCGACAAAUUCCCCCGGAAUUAUAACGAGGAUAAUUUCGCCAAUCGUGUCGGCAAAGUGUUGCUGGAUGGCGUUAGUGUUAUUUGUGAAGCUUGUCGGAGGUGCGUAGACUGCUCGGUGCGUCCAAUCACAAUACUGCUGACGAAAUUGUUUCGGCGACGCGGUGUCAACUGCAUAUCGCGGAAAUUCCUUCCCGACGUACUGAAGGUGGUGCAAGAGGAUUAUGUGGCUCGACGAGUAAUGCACGUGGUUUUUGAGCGUCUGGAUGACCGAAGAACGUUUGAUGCCAUUGUUGAGAGUGUGGUUCGUGUCGCAGAAAGCCAGGAGGCUGUCGUGUGUCUGCUCGGUAGGUCAGAGCGGGUAUCUGAGCUGCUCAGCUGCAAGCUGGCCUUCCAUUCCUACUCGUCGGAUGUGCUGGUUGCCCGUAAAAUUGUGGGCUACUUGUCAAAGUGCGAAAGCCGAGACUUCGUUAGCGCGUUUGCUGAGAAGCUUGCCGUCGUUUGGGGCAACAAGUCGUCGCUGAACAAUGUGUGCUUCGAACAACACGUGUUCAUCUCGCGUCUGUUGAUACUUGCUACCAAGGCCGGCGUUGCAGAAGCCGGCAACAGGAGUAUCCUUGCACUCGUAACUGACGGAGUCACGAGGCAUCUCGAGUCAACAGACGUUUUGAUCCGCCAAAUGGGCAUGUCUGUUGCCCAGAUUCUCUGCCCUCUUGUGAAUCCUGACGGCCCCAAACUCGAAUUUGAAGUUCCAAGUUGGAGUGGGUGUCGUGAUUUGCAUGAUGAAUUGGUAAGUCUCUGCAAAGAUCAUUCCGUUGUCGCCAAAGGACGGAAGGAAGAGGAGGAGGACGACGACAAGAACAAGAAGAGGAAAAAUGAGAGUGUCGAAACGGUUGGAUUGGAUAGCGAUGACGAUACGGAAGAAGAGAAUGAUGAUCAUGACGACAUAAACGGUCGUCCAAUGUUGAUGACCAGCAACGAGAUCUUGACCGCGCUAGGAAGUGAAGACCCGGACGUUGUUAGUAAUGCAUUGGCGUCUGUACCUCGCACCGUGCCGAAGCAGAUGGCCUCAUUUUCGGAGCCAAUGAAGAUGGCUGCCUUGCUCCCGUUGAUGGAGAGUGUCUUGUUUUCCCGUGGACAUGAGGGGUUUAGAUUUGAUGCCCUUGUCACGCUGGCCAAGUGUGGCCCCGUAUUCGCGCCCAAGUUCCUGGCUGACAAGCUGUUUUCGCGGGAACUCGGGACGAGAGAACGAUUGGAUGUUUUGUGCAUUUUGAUGCGGGCCGUGAAGGAUUUGGACCAAGCGCGGACUGUUCGCAACGUUUCUAGUGCCAGUGAGAUGGACGCAGUGGUGGAUGCUCGGGUCCAAGCUCGAACCCGACGCUUCUUCUCGACGCCGCAGGUUUUGUCAAGCCGAGAGUCGACGAAUGUGGUUGGUGGAUUCUUCUAUCCGCUGGUGGAACCGUUUUUCGGUUGCUCCUCUUUGCCCCCCGCGCUACAAGACGCGUUCGUGCUGGGGACAUACAUUCGGUGUUUGGGAACCAUUUUGUCGUGUGCGGGACAGAGCCCGCGCUUCAUGGACAUGUCAUCUGCCGGCCUGCAAGUGGUGCAUUUGGUCAAGCAGCACCCAGAAGGUGCUGUGCGAGAGGCGUGCUUGUGGCUGGUUGGCAUUGUGGCAGCCGGUGUUGCCAAGCCGUUUUUGCCUGACAUGUUGGACCGAUUGGCCGAGUUCGUGCGAUGGAUAAGCGAUGUUCAGUUCAGGGAUCCGCACGGCGGCUGCAGAGUAAUGGCCGCCCGGGUUGGGCCAGUUCUUGCUGCGUGUUUCCACGUUGCCUCCAGUGUACAUCCGAGUUUGAACCCGAGCGUUGCACCAGAUGCAAAUUCAUUCCCAUCAAUUGAUAUGCAUUACUGGCGUUUACUAAGUGAUCGGUUGACGGAAUUUCAGGCCAAGCCGGGGAACACGUGGAGUAACGUGGGUAGCGUGAAUAUUGACUUGAACCUGCGCACAGGGACCGGGGCCAGUGGGCGCAACAACGCACCCUCAAUGAACCAACUCAUGGGCCAGGCAGCGAAAAUGUCACCCAAGAUCGGAGAAGGAAAAGCAGGACCCGUGUCUUCCUUGUGA